AUGAGUUCAAUCUUCGAAUCGUGUGAUCUUGCUCCUCCGGAUCCUAUUCUUGGUACUACUGUCGCCUACAAGGCCGAUCCUUUCCCGAAGAAGGUCAACCUCGGUGUCGGUGCUUACCGUGAUGAGAAUGGCAACCCUAAGGUGCUCGAUGUUGUUCGUAAGGUCGAUCAGCAGUUAGCUGCUGAUAUGAAGGUCGAUAAGGAGUAUGCUCCCAUUGAUGGGUUCCCGGCUCUCAAGCCUCUCAGUCAACGACUCCUCUUCGGCGAGUCCAGUGAUAGGAUUGCUAGCAGUCAAGCUAUAUCUGGUACUGGUGCUUUGCGUAUCAUUGGUGAUUUC